CUGCUAUUUGAAUCCCGCUUCCGCCAUUUUCUCUCGCUGCUUUACAGACGCUUCUGGAAGGCUGACAAACUUGCCAUGGCAGCCCAAGGAGAACCUCAAGUGCAGUUUAAGCUUGUUCUGGUUGGAGAUGGUGGUACCGGUAAAACAACCUUUGUGAAACGUCACUUGACUGGUGAAUUUGAAAAGAAAUAUGUAGCCACACUUGGUGUUGAAGUUCAUCCUCUGGUUUUCCAUACUAACAGAGGCCCGAUCAAAUUUAAUGUGUGGGAUACAGCUGGUCAAGAAAAGUUUGGUGGUCUCAGAGAUGGGUAUUAUAUCCAGGCCCAGUGUGCCAUUAUCAUGUUUGAUGUAACAUCAAGAGUCACAUACAAGAAUGUACCGAACUGGCAUAGAGAUCUUGUACGAGUGUGUGAAAACAUCCCAAUAGUCUUGUGUGGUAACAAGGUGGACAUAAAGGACAGAAAAGUUAAAGCCAAAUCAAUUGUCUUCCACAGGAAGAAGAAUCUGCAGUACUAUGAUAUUUCUGCAAAAAGUAACUACAAUUUCGAGAAGCCCUUCCUUUGGCUUGCAAGAAAACUUAUAGGUGACCCCAAUCUUGAGUUUGUAGCCAUGCCAGCCCUUGCCCCACCAGAGGUUGUAAUGGAUCCCGCAUUGGCAGCACAGUAUGAGCAGGAUUUACAGAAUGCUCAGGCCACUGCACUGCCAGAUGAAGAUGAUGAUCUGUGAGGGGAAUGAAGCUGGAGCCCAGCGUCAGAAGUCUAGUUUUAUAGGCAACUGUCCUGUGAUGUGGUGCAGCGUGUUUGCCACUCUAUUAUAUAGCUGAGCAGAACAUGUGCUUAAUCUUUUUGGGAUGCAGAAGGAGAUGAAUGGGCUUCGGAGUGAAUGUGGCAGUUCAGAAAACAAUUCCUUCAUAUUUUGGACCUGCGUCUUUAGCUGUUUGGGACUGCAAAUAUUCUACCCUCAAGUUUCAAAUCUUAAGUUAAGACUGCUACAGUCACAUCACAAAAUUCAGUGGUGAAUCUUGUUACUGUCAUUCCCAUACCUUUUUCGUUUAGAUCAUAAUAAAGUUGUUUCAAAUACCUUAGCAAGUUUUCAUAUGUUACAGAUGCCUUAACAUGUGACGAGGUUUAUAUAUUUUUUCUUUUUAAAUGUCCGUGUAUCCGUUUAUAAUUUUCCCUUGUGCUCUUCGCCAAUUUUUUCUUUUUUUAAUGCCACAAUUACAAUCCACUGUAGCAAACUCUGCCAUUAGUCUUGCUUUAAAGACUAACCCCAUCCUCCAAGUCAUUGUGUGCACUUUCCCACCCUUAUUAUAACAAUUUGCUGGGGUUCUUUAUACCAGUGACCCUAUUAUAAAACCACAAAUCGACAUAAUAAAGAAAAAACCUUGCA